AACGAAGUACUUCUUCAGAGGCCGCAAGGGGGCGCUCUGGGUCACUGAGCAGCAAACUUGUCAUUGUCACGCCGGAAUAAGCGAAGAACGGUAAACUGUUGUGGUCGUCCAAAAGGAACACCAGCUUCGGUUUGGACUCCUUCUAAAGGGGCCGAUCUCGCAGUCCAGGCGGUUGCCAUGGCAUCUCCAGGGGGACAAGGAGGAGGGGGGGUUUUGUCCACGAGAGGUGGAGCCGGGUCCAGGAGGAUGAAGUGGGCUCUCGAGCUGAGUUUAGGGAACACCAGGUGUCGGAGCGACCGCCAGGCCAGUCAGGGAGAUGUGGUCUACCCCAUCGGAUAUUCCGAAAAGCCCGUCCCUGACACCAGCAUCCAGGAGACGGACAAGAACCUGGUGGAAAAGCGAUGCUGGGAUGUGGCGCUGGGCCCUCUCAAACAGAUCCCCAUGAACCUCUUCAUCAUGUACAUGUCGGGGAACACCAUCUCCAUCUUCCCCAUCAUGAUGGUGUGCAUGAUGGCCUGGAGGCCCAUUCAGGCGCUGAUGUCCAUGUCAGCGACCUUCAAGUUGUUAGAGAGCUCCAGUCAGCAGUGGCUUCAGGGACUCGUCUACCUCGUGGGGAACCUGCUGGGCUCGGCUUUGGCCAUCUACAAGUGUCAAUCGAUGGGGCUGCUGCCCACCCACUCGUCUGAUUGGCUGGCGUUCAUCGAGCCGCCCCAGAGGAUGGAGAUGAUGGGCGGCGGGAUGGUGUUGUGACCCGCGACGGAGCGAGCCGAGGUGAACUCGGGACGCGGCGGGGGCUUCCGACGGGCGACCGAACCGACGGCCAGCGACUUGUCAAUGUGUUGAAUUGUUCGUUUUUGUCGUUAACAGUCUUCAUUCGUCAGCUUGAUUUGCGCGUAACGCAACGUCUCACUUGCAUUUAUACUGAUGUGCUUUCGCAAAAAUAAAUUCUUCUCGAUUGAAAUGAAA